AGCUUACAUGUGAGGAGUAGCGCUAUACCACGGUAUAAAUUUCUAUACCUCGGUAUAAAUGUAUACGUCGGUAUAAAUUUUCUACCUCGGUAUACAUUUAUACGUCGGUAUAAAUUUUCUACGUCGGUAUACAUUUAUACGUCGGUAUAAAUUUCUAUACCUCGGUAUUGUUAUACCCUGACUAUGGAGUCGGCAGACGAAGAGUCAAUCCACAGUCAGGAUUCCGAGGAGGAAAACAGCAAUUUAUCAGAUGGAGAGCUCCAAGAGGCCUUAGCAAAAGGGUUGUUGAAACCUGGGAUGAAUGUUUUGGUGGAUAAAACCAAGAAGUCCGUCAACAAUGUGGAGGGAUUGAAACAGUGCCUUGCUGAUUUACACAAAGAUCUCCCCUGGGUGGAGAGGUUAGACGUUACCAACCUGCCAGCUGAAGAUGCUCUUUCUAAAGUUGAAGGGAAAGUACCGGCUACGACAAAUGGAGAACUCGAUGCAGAUGAUGAUUUCCAAAGGGAGAUGUUCUUUUACAGACAAGCUCAAGCUACAGUACUAGAGGCACUGCCGCUCCUAAGUAAGCACGAUAUAGCCACCAAGAGACCUGACGAUUACUUUGCAGAGAUGGCCAAGUCAGAUCAACAGAUGCAGAAGAUCAGGCAAAAGUUGAUCUCAAAGCAGAUGAUUCUGGAGAAGUCAGAAAAGGCCAAGAAACUGCGUGAGCAAAGAAAGUUCGGCAAAAAGGUCCAAAUAGAGGUGAUUCAGAAGAGACAGAAGGAGAAGAAGGCUAUGAUGUCUGCUGUAAAGAAAUAUCAGAAAGGAAUGACAGACAAACUGGAUUUUCUGGAAGGAGACCAGAAAGCGGGUAACGAUUCUUUUGGAGGUUCAAAGAAAGCAUUGAACAAAAAGGGCCCCAGUGCUAAGAGAAAAUUCAAGGACCAAAAGUUUGGCUUUGGAGGCAAAAAGAGCGGAAAGAAAUGGAACACCAAGGAGAGCUAUAACGAUGUUUCCAGUUUCCGUGCCAAACAGGCUAAUGCUAAGGGUGGAAAAGGAGGGAAGAAAGGCAAAGGAGGGAAACAAAAUAAACGUCCGGGCAAGUCUGUACGCAAGAAGAUGAAGGGUCGCUCGUAAAAACGGACACUUCGAUGUAAUUUCUGGACAGGAUUUGCUCACCUAGCAUGUCUUCAUUACACCUAAAAAAAAAAAAAAACUUGUAAGAAACUAUGCUCCCCAACACUUUUUAUUUUGAUAAUAUGAGGAUUAAUACAGAGGACUGACUGUCUUCACACAGAGAGAUAACUUGUCAAGACGAAGAACAAGUGGAUGGCAUAGACAUGCAUCUUUGUUAAAUGACCAUUACUGUCUCCGUAGACUUUUCAUGAGGUGAUUUUAAUUCCACCUCGUGAUUUCUUCCAAGUAUCUAAACCAGCGAGUUUGUCAUACUGUUUUAUCUUUUCUUACUCUGCUCUUUGAUUCAUUGAUCCUCACCUGUGAGGCAUGGCAUUCUGUAUUGUUGAGCCGCGGUCACUUUUGACCUUUCACGUUCAUUAAUAUGAUCAGUAUGUAACAGGUGUGUGUGCUUUGUAUACAUGUGUGUAAUAGUUACCCCUGCAAGUGUUUUUCUUACUUGCAAAGAUGAAAAUACAAAAACAGGCCUCUUCUGUGCUGACACCCAUGUGUUGGUUUGAUAAACAAAUAUACUUGAGCUUCUCUGCUUUUCAUUGUUUAAUUUAAAACUCAGGCAUGUUUUCCAUGGAACGUGACGUCUGUGGUGAUCCGGUGGAAAUUGAAUCCGUUAUCAUGGUGGCUCAAUGGAGUCUAGAGGGAAUGAAAAGGUCAGAAUUUGAGUUUUGACAUCAUGUUAAUAAAUGUUCUGAUUUUAUACAUCUCUUGUUGCCAAACUAAGUGGGUUGUUUUAAAUGUUCCACUAAUACUGGUCAGAAAUCUACUCAAAACUCAGGUUAUCGUUGCUUUUAGCAUGUUUCCAAUAUUUUUAUGCUAGUCUUUUAAAAUAUUUUGGUUUAUUUUCAUGAAAAUAUGUAGCAUAACUAUUAGUCAUUUAUGACAGCUUUACUACAGACAUAAAUGUUCCUGGCCUAUAGUAUCAGUGGUUGGUACUUCA